AUGGGAGCAACAAAUUUCGCAUCAACCUCUACCUCGCAAUGGCUAUUUCCUGUCUCCUCUUUGCAAUUUACUCCAAGUCGGAUGACGUCCGAAAUUUCAUUAGAGAGGGAGCUGUAUGACCGAGCCAGAGGAGUUGAGUUUCUUUUCCGCCUAGGUGUUUCUCUGCAACUACCUUCAUCCGCGAUGUAUACUGCCGCUACGUGGUUUCAUCGGUUCUACAUGCGUUACUCGAUGGAAGACUAUCACCGACAAGACGUUGCUGCAUCAUGUAUUUUUCUUGCGACGAAGACCGAGGAGUGUGGAAGAAAGCUUCGCGAUGUCUCCAAAGUCUUUUGCUCGAAGGUUGCUAAAGUCGAAACGGGUGAAAUACCCGACGACAGCAAGGAGCUUGAUGGAUAUCAGGAAUCUAUCCUGCACACAGAAGAAGCACUCCUUGAAGCGCUGUGCUUCGAUUUCGUAGUCGAUAGCCCCCACGCGGAGCUGGUCGAUCUAUUCGAUGUACACCAAGGUGACCAUCUACUGGAAGAGUAUGCGUGGUCUAUCGCCAAUGAUUCAUUGAGAACGCCAUUAUGCAUCUUAUACCCCCCACGAAUCGUAGCGGCUGCAUGCUACAUCCUCGCACAGUAUAUCGUUGAAGGUCCACACUCGCCAUCAUUGGACGUGCGCAUUGCCUCUCCUGCGCCAUCUGCGUCACUACCAACGCCACCCUCGCACAAACCGUUAUCACCUGGGGCCUCACGGCUCGCCGUAGAGCACUUCGGAUUCACAGAGAUGGAUCUAGUAGGAGUCGCAGAUACCUUGAAGAUUAUUCUUGAGUUUUACUCCGCUCAAGAUCCGAAGGUCACAAAUGGCCGCCUGGCGGCGGUAGUGACUAUUCCUCCACCAACAAGCGCCGGAGCCCGGGAACGAUUAUAUCCACCAUUCGCCCCAGUCUCACGCCGCGGUCAAACACCUACACAAACAUCCCACAACCCCACAACGCCGACUUCAUCAAACGGCGGCAACACUCCUUCGAAACCGUCUUCGCGAGGCUGGAAACCAGUGCAAGGACUUCUACGCGCGGACGAUUUCAAGGUCAAGCAGUCGGAUCCAAGUUGA